CGUCGCGCAAGCGAGUCGCCGCCGCCGCCGAUGUUGCUGCUCCCCGCCAGCGGCAGCACGCGCGAGUACGUGGCGGCGUUCGGCGCGAGCAGUCGUGUAGUCAUUGUGGUGUCGCAGCCUACUCGCCUCGCGUGCGUUGAGCUGGCGAAGUUCACUGCAUCACUGGUGGCAUCAUCGUCAUCAUCAUCAUCAUCCGCCGACGCCGCAGCCCAUGUCGGCGGUCGCGUUGGGUACGCCGUUGGUGGUGACGCGUGUUUCUCGUCGGCGACCGAAAUCGUCUUCUCGACACCCGGUUACAUUGUGAAUGCGCUGCAGCACCGCAGCGGGGCGCUAUCGCCCACCACACUCGUCAUUGAUGAGGCGCACUGUCGCGACUUGGAGACGGACCUGCUGCUUGCGUGGGCAAAGCAGCAGCUGCACGGAGGGGGGCGGCCACAGGAAGACGACGGCUCCGCGCGGCUUCGUCAGUUGGUGCUGAUGUCUGCCACACUUCCGGUAGAGCAGAUGGUGGCGUACUUCACACCACGGGCUGUCGCAAAUGGGGACGCGCGGCAAAAGGCGGCGGCGGCAGCAGCAGCAGAGGGAGAAGGCGAACACAACGGAGAAGCAAGAGCACGAUGCGCCCCGCAGAUUCUUCGCGUGGAUGGCCCUGCGGUGGAUGCGCAGCAUGAGAGCGGCGACGCCAAAGGCGGCAGCGGCGGCAACUGCACUCGCCCGUUCCGCGUUGAGGAGUACUUCCUGGAUGACCUUCCCGACGCCCUAGAGGCGUCAAGGAUACUGCAGGCAGACACUCGGAAAGGUGCAUCCUCGCCCUCCCACCCCGCCUCCUCCUCCUCCUCCUCCUCUUCUUCCGGAUGCCCGCUACUGUCGAUCCCGGCGCGGCGUGUAACGGCGUCGCUUGGGCACUUCUUUUCCUACACACGGUUUGGCGCUGACAUUUACUCCCAUCAGGCACGCGCGCUGGCGCAGUUCCUCUUGUUCGCCUUGCAGAGCCUUGCUGUGGCCUCCCAGAGAUUAGCGGCUGAUGGACGGCUUCACCAACAGCAGCAGCAGCAGCAAGAAGAUGCACAACGGCAACACCCAGAUAGUCUUCUGGUGUUUCUUCCUGGGUUUGCAGAGAUAUCGCUGGUGCUGCAGUCGCUGGAGAUGCUGUGUCGGCCGGCAACUGUGGGCGGCGCACGUUUGUCCACCCAGCAGCCGAGCAGCAGUGGAAGUGUGACGUUUCUGCAGUACGAGCAAUGGACCUUCUCCGUGGCGCUGCUGCACGCCACGGCGAUUGGGAGUCCGCAGCAGCAGCUUGACGAGAGUACCGGCCCGUUCCCGCACCGCAUCAUUCUGUCGACCACCGUCGCGGAGAGCUCUGUGACGAUCCCCAACGUGCGCUGCGUCAUCGACUCGUGCCUGGAGCGCCGCUUCUUCGCCGACCCGGUGACGGGCGUCAUGCUACGCAGCACCGCGGUGGCGAGCGCGAGCAGCGUGCGGCAGCGUGGAGGCCG